CUUCCUCCAGUGGGAAUAUUAGCUCAUUCUAUCCUCCUACUUUCAUCCACGCUGUAAUAAUGAUGACUUUGAGCCCCGUGUCGGACACUUUGGUCUCCUCUGAGUCUUCCAAAUCGGCGUUCAUGGAUUUCAGCGGCCACGGCUACCCGGGACACCAGCAUCCCUCCCCGGGAUUAGCGCACAGCCACUACACCUUCCACAGUCUGCACGCAGUGGGACCCACGCAACACGACGGCCCGUUCCAGUCUUCCGCAGGCCCCUACGGCCGCCCGCUGGGGUACCCGCCGUACCACAGCGCGCACCAGCCGGGGCCUUACCUGCCGUACCAGCCCGGCGGCCACAGCAGCGCCUUGGCACACAGCAGGUCUGAGGACUCCGACGGCGAGAAACCCACCACCGUGUUAGAAAACGGAGAGCUACGGCUCAACGGGAAGGAGAAGAAGCCCCGAAAGAAUCGGACUACAUACACCAGCCUGCAGCUCCGCACCCUCAACCAGCGCUUCGAGCAGACCCAGUACCUGGCUCUGCCCGAGAGGGCCGACUUGGCCGCCAAACUGGGCGUGACUCAGGAGCAGGUGAAAAUCUGGUUCCAGAACAGGCGCUCCAAAUGGAAGAAGGACAUGAAGAAAGGAGAGUCGCUUCCCCCCCCGCUGAAGUCUCCCUCGCCUCAGAGCUCGCCGUGGGACGCGAGCAUGGCGGCCAAGGGCGGCUACAUGAACAGCUUUGGACACUGGUACCUGGGUCACCAGCAGUGA